AUGCCGCCCUCAAUACGACCGCCCACCCGGGCUUCCUCCUCACUCCUCUCCCUCCUCGCCGGUCCAACAUUACGCACCUCAACCUCCUCACAAGCCACAUGCCGACUCACCUUCCAACGACGGACAAUUUCCCAAACAUUAUCCAGGAGACACGAUGUCGUCGUCGACACAGCAAGAACGCCACCUCCCAAUCACGGCCCAACAGUCGCCGGGUCCGGGAUAGACUAUAAUUCACCUCCAUUAUCUUCAUCCUCCUCCCAGCAACAACAACAACAACAACAACAACAACAACAACAACACCAUCAACAUUCCAUACCACCACCACCACCACCACCCCCUCCCGCCGCAGGGGGGCUCUUCUCCAAAAUCCUCCACUUCCUCCGCACCCACCCCCUAACCCUCUCCAUCUCCCGCCUCCUCACUCACCUCGACAACCUCCUAGGCCGCCCCUCUUCCCGCCUCCUCUCGCACCCCUUCCACGUGCUCUUCUCCACCUUGAAGCUCCUCGCCUUCACCCAUUUAUUUCUCGAGCACGUGCUAUCCAUGGCUCCGGCCUCCGGGCCGUCCAUGCUACCCACCUUCGAGGUAGUCGGGGAAUGGCUUGUAGUUUCGCGGUUCCAUAAAUAUGGAAAUUCGGUGAAAGUGGGCGACUUGGUGGUUUACCAGAUCCCUAUCAGUACGAGUGGGGAGUUGGGGGUGAAGAGGAUCAUGGGGAUGCCUGGGGAUUAUGUGCUUGUUGACACGCCUGUGCCGGGGGGAGGGACGGUGGAGGGGGAGGUCUUGGGGGAGAGGCGGGGGGGUGAUGGGGAUGAUAUCAUGAUUCAGCGGGGAAGGAGCAUAAUGUGCAAGUGA